AUGGCGACUCACACCGACCCCAAGCGCGAGGAGCAGCAGAUCGAGUCGGGAGGCAUCUACCCCACCGUCUCGGCGCGCAGCGACGGCGCAUACACGGACAAGAAGGGCGGCGGCUCGGACGUCGACGUGAUCGGCACCUUUGCCGACAUUGACGAGGGCUACGACCCCGUCUUUGUCAAGAAGACGAUCCGCAAGGUCGACCUCCGCCUCAUCCCCAUCCUGAGCGCAAUGUACUUUGUGUCCUUGUGCGACAGGUCCAACCUCGGCCAGGCGCGCGCAGCCAACGACCAGGCGAUGCAGCGCGACCUGAAGCUUAGCGAGGGCAACAACCGCUACGGCAUGAUCACGCUCAUGUUCUUCAUCCCGUACAUCUUGCUGGAGAUUCCCUCGCAGCUCGGCCUCCGCAGGUUCGGUGCCAGGUGGUGGCUUGGCUUCGCGUGUAUCGCCUGGGGCCUCGUCGAGCUCGGCAUGGGCUUUGUCAACUCGUGGACAGAGCUCAUGGGCCUGCGUGUCGUCCUCGGCGCAUUCGAGGCGUGUCUCUACCCCGGCGCGGCAUACCUCAUUUCCACCUGGUUCCCCCGCAAGCAGAUCUCGACGCGCCUCGCCUUCUUCUACACCUCAUCCAUGGUCCUCUCGGGCCUCGGCGCGACCCUCUCGUUUGGCAUCUCGCAGAUGCACGGUAUGCACGGCAAGUCGGGCUGGCGCUGGAUCUUCAUCAUGUAUGGAAUCAUCACCGUUGCCGUUGGCAUCCUCGCCGUCGCGUUCCUCGUCGACUUCCCAGACCGCGCCACCUUCCUCACCGAGGAGCAGAAGGAGUUCAUCCACACGCGUAUCAACCGCGACCGUGGCGACGCCGUCGCUGACAAGAUGACAUGGCACAAGUUCCUCCAGUACAUGGCCGACGUCAAGCUCUGGGUCUUCGCCUUCAUGUUCUGCACGUCCGCCAUGGGCAUGUACUCGCUCGCCUACUUCCUCCCGCGCAUCCUCUCGUCAAUCGGGUUCAGCAACGUGCUCUCCCAGCUGCUCAUGGCGCCGCCGUACCUCUGGCUCAUCUUCCCGUCCUUCUCCUCGGCAUGGAUCUCGGACCGCGUCAAGAACAUGCGCGCAAUCAUGAUCGUCGUCAAUGCGCUCUGCGUCAUCACUGGCACGCUCAUGUACUCGCAGCUGCCGACGCACCAGAAGGCCGCGCGGUACGUCGGCGUCUUCCUCGCCAACGGCGGUGUCAACACCAACGUCUCGCUCUCGAUCGGCUGGGCACAGGCGUCCAUCCGCGCGCAGAGCAAGCGCGGCUUCACCUCGGCACUCAUAGUCGCCUGGGGCGGUAUCGGCGGCAUCAUCUCCUCGGUCGCCUUCUACGAGAAGGACGCGCCAGGCUACCCCACCGGCGUGUGGCUCACCAUCGCCAUGCACAUUCUCGUCAUCGCCUUCUGCGGCGGCCUCGUCCUGUGGUUCAAGUUCCAGAACCGUCGCGCAGACCGCGGCACCGUCGUGCUCGAGCACGCCGAGGACUUUAGGUACCAGAUCUAG